CUCUGCAAACCGGUGUCCACAGGCCCUGCACGACCUACUGCGCUCUUUCUGCUGCGCUUAUUACGACCCUCCUACUCACGACUUCUACUUACACAUGCCUGCCUUCGCUGAAUCCGAGUUCUACCUUCAAGCAAGAGAUGUUCAGACAUCAUUCACGCCGAACUCCACGCAACGGAUCACAUUGAUCGUAGCAGGAGUCUAUGUCAUUGUUAUCGGCAUACUAUGGCAUAUACCAUUCUUGAGCUGGAUAAUCUAUCCUUUCAAGCUCCUCACAGUCGGAUUCCAUGAAAUGAGCCACGCCAUCGCCGGCAUGCUCACAUGCGCAACAAUCCACUCCGUCGAACUCGACCCCGACGAAGGCGGCGAAACGCGCAUGUCCGGCGGCAUAGCCUGGAUUACCCUCCCCGCCGGCUACCUCGGAUCGUCAUUCAUCGGCGCCUGCCUCAUCGCAUGUGGCUUCGACGAGAACGCGAGCAAGGUCGCGUGCCUUGUUCUCGCCGUGUUCUUCCUCUUUACGUUGUGGUGGGCUCGCAGGAACUGGCUGACAUGGGCGCUCAUCUUUGGGAUGUGCGCUCUUAUCGUUUUAUUCUGGUUUGUCGCGGGAGGUGUUGCGUUGCGGUUCUUCGUGUUAUUCGUCGGGGUCAUGUCGUGUCUGUAUUGCCUGUGGGAUAUCAUCGACGACACUAUAGAGCGCAAAGUCAACAACUCCGACGCAUCCGCCUUCGCCCGUAUUUGCGGGUGCUGCCCAUCCCGUGUCUGGGGCGUUAUCUGGCUUAUCCAAGCAUUCAUUUUCUUCGCCCUGGGCGUCAUCGUUGGACUUGUUGCGUUCAAGCAAUCCUUUGCCCAGCAGAAGUCAGAUUCAGAUCAUUUCCUUCCCGUCCCCGGAUCAAGCGCAGCCGCGCCCUCUUUCACCCUCUCUUCUCCCCUCUUCGCCCUCAUCGGACUUGUAUCUUGGCUUCUUCUGUAACCGUCGGAUGAGGGAAUGGACUUUUGAGUGUUAUACCCGUAGAAUGCGAUGAAUACUUUCCUGUACCCUCAGUCAGCCAGUGAGCGCGAUGUGCAGCUCGGACUUUUGUAGGCUAUUACGUGUUUCGUUUGAUAUCAGUUGAUCAUUGUAUCAAUUUUCUUGAUUCCCC